AUUGACAGAAACCAAAACAAUAACUACGGGACAUUAAACCCUAGCAUUCUUUCUCCUCUUAAAACUUACACUCAUCCAACUUCUUCUUCUGUAAUAGAGAUGAAGGUUCCAAAGAGGAGUACCCGUCAGAAAAAGUUGCACAAAGAAGAAACAAUUAACAUAUUGGAACAAAAGAAUAACACGGAAGAAGAAGAAGAAGAUUUUGUAGAAUCCCCUGUUGUUUCUGACGAUGAUGAUGAGGAUUAUUCUGAUGGUGACGGAUCACUUAGUGAAUCUGGAUCAGAAGAGAGUCAUCUAUCCGGAGAAGAGGAUGUUUUUGUAUCAAGUGAUGGUGAAGAUUCUUUUGAUGCCAAAAGUGAUGAUGUCAGUGGCAGUGGUAGAGAUGAUACUGAGCAUGGUAAAGAUGAUGAUGCUGAAAGCGAUGACUCCCGCACCGUAGUUGAAGAGAGUGAUUCAUCUGAAGAUGAGGUUGCUCCUCGUAAUACCGUUGGAGAUGUUCCAUUGGUGUGGUACAAAGAAGAGGAACAUAUUGGAUAUGAUCUUGCAGGGAAGAAGAUCAAGAAAAAGGAGAGACAAGAUAAAUUGGAUUCAUUUCUUGCCAGUGUUGAUGAUUCCAAGAAUUGGCGUAAGAUUUAUGAUGAAUAUAAUGAUGAAGAAGUUGAACUCACUAAAGAAGAAGUUAAGGUGAUCAAAAGAUUGCUGAAAGGAAACGCACCUCAUGCUGAUUUUGAUCCACAUGCGCCUUAUGUUGAUUGGUUUUCCUGGGAUGACUCGAAGCAUCCUCUUUCUAGUGCACCAGAACCAAAGAGACGUUUUAUUCCUUCAAAAUGGGAGAGUAAAAAGGUCGUCCAAUAUGUGCGGGCAAUUCGAAAGGGACUUAUAAAAUUUGACGAGAAGCCAAAGGAAGAGCCAAGUGCCUAUCUCCUAUGGGGAGAUGAUUCCAGUGCAAUAGAUAGACAAGGGUUGGCAUAUAUUCCUGCUCCAAAACCUAAACUUCCUGGUCACGAGGAGUCUUAUAACCCUUCUUUAGAAUAUAUUCCUACCCAAGAGGAGAUCAAUUCUUAUCAACUUAUGUAUGAGGAAGACCGACCAAAAUUUAUCCCGAAACGGUUCACAUCGUUGCGAAACGUUCCAGCAUACGAGAAAGCAGUCAAUGAAAAUUUCGGCCGCUGUUUGGAUCUUUAUUUAUGUCCAAGAGCUCGGAAAAAGCGUAUUAAUAUUGAUCCUGAGUCUUUAAAGCCCAAGUUGCCAAGUCGCAAGGAUCUCAGGCCUUAUCCGACGUCAUGUUAUCUCGAGUAUAAAGGUCAUAAAGGUCCAGUUGUGUCGAUUUCUACAGAAUCUACUGGGCAAUGGAUUGCUUCUGGUUCAAGUGAUGGAACGGUGCGCAUUUGGGAGGUUGAAACUGGAAGGUGUAUCAGGAUCUGGGAGCUUGGGGAAUCCGUGCGUCAUGUCUCAUGGAAUCCUAUGCCUGAACGUCCCAUAUUGGCAGUCUGCGUGGGAGAAGAUGUGUAUCUUUUGAACACUGGACUUGGAAAUGCAGACGAACAGAAGAGUCUUGAAGAGCUUUUGCGUGUUGAAACAUCAUCAACCCCUGAUGACUCUGAUAAUGAUAAAACCACUGUGAAUUGGGUUCAAGAUGAUAAGAAUGGGGGAAUCAGGUUGAAGCACUUUAAGACUGUUUCUUCAGUUGAGUGGCAUCGGAAGGGCGAUUAUUUCUCAACGCUUAUGCCGAAUGCCCAGUCAAAAGCAGUUUUGAUUCACCUGCUCUCAAAGAAAUCGACUCAAAGAAUACCAUUCAAGCUUCAUGGACUUCCAGUUUCAACAGCUUUUCAUCCCUCUCGGUCUGCCUUCUUUAUUUCAACGAAGAAAAAUAUUCGUGUUUAUGACCUCUUGAAGCAAAAGCUCAUUAAGAAGCUAGAGACAGGGGUUCGCGAAAUCUCAUCUAUUGCUAUUCAUCCUGGUGGUGACAAUCUUAUUGUAGGGAGUAGAGAUGGGAAACUGUGCUGGUUUGACAUGGACCUUUCAUCUCAACCUUACAGAGUUCUGAAUUGCCAUCCGAAGGACAUCAACAAAGUGGCCUUUCAUCGCUCCUAUCCUUUGUUUGCUUCGUCUUCUGACGAUUGUACGGCAUACGUUUUCCAUGGUAUGGUUUAUUCAGAUCUAAACCAGAAUCCAUUGAUUGUACCUCUGGAGAUUCUUCGUGGUCAUGCCAGUGAAAAUGGAAGAGGUGUCAUGGACUGCAAGUUCCAUCCUAGGCAACCAUGGUUGUUUACUGCAGGAGCAGACUCUGUGAUCAAGCUCUACUGUCAUUAAAAAGAUAACUCCAAAAUGCAUCUAUGCUGAUCGCCUUGUGAACUUGUCAAUCCGAGAAGAGAAAGACAGUAUAUUGCUCUGUAUACAUUGCUGUGGGUAAUUUGAGAAGUUGCCUGCUUGGACAAAGGGAGGUUAAAGAUCUCUUAAGCCAUCUCUUGUUCUUUCUCAUAUAGGUUUGCGAACCAUGAAUUCCACAUAUAGAAAAUAGAGAAGUUGGCACUGUUUUGUUUGUAUGAUCAAGGUAAUCACCUCUGCUGUAUGGGUCUGUUACAAUGCAAGUUCACCCUAAGUAGGCUUUUUCACGAGGGGAAAUCUUGGUCCAAGUUAUUCUCAAGUCAGCAUCUUCCGUAGAGCUUUAUAGGGGCAUAUUGACGAAGUAGUGAGCACAAUGGAGCUCCAAUAUUCUUUACCUUAAAACUGAGUUAUCACAUUUUUGUAAUCCUGGAGUAAUCAUAUGCAUGUAAGAAAUGAUAAGGAUCUUUGGAAACGUUACAGUGGAAUUUUGAAGAAUCAUCCCGCUGUACUUGGCCUGUUUGGAAUUCUUUUUUUAUCUGAGACAGUCAGAAUUUUGGUUGAAUUACUCUUCUGAAAUAGUGAUUGGUGUUUGCUUAGAUAGUUCCUAGCCUGUUUGACUAGAAUAAUGAAUUCUUUUUAACGGUUUUACAUGGUUUGUUAAGCUUCCCAGAUUUUAGUGCUA